GAAUGACUGCUGAAUACUUGUCCUUAGCCUGACAUGAAGCAUCACUGCGGUCAUCUCAGAUUCUAAUUAAAACCUAACAGAGAGAAUAUUACAACAUGUCUCUGGCGGCGGAGGCUUUCGUGUCGCAGAUGGCAGCUGCAGAGCCGUGGCCUGAGAAUGCCACCUUGUACCAACCUUUAAAGGAUGACCAAAUCCUACUCUCAGACCACGCCUCGUCUCUUGCCGUUCAGGCCUACCUCAGGAUGUGCGGUCUGCCGGUGCAGGUGGUCUGCAGACCAAACGCCGAAUACAUGUCGCCAUCCGGAAAGAUCCCCUUCAUCCACGUGGGGAACCAGGUGGUAUCGGAGCUGGGGCCCAUUGUGCAGUUUACCAAAGCGAAGGGUCACUCUUUGAGCGAUGCGUUGGACGACGUCCAGCGCGCUGAGAUGAAGGCGUACAUGGAGCUGGUUUAUAACAUGCUGCUAAGUGCUGAGCUCUACAUUCAGUGGUGCGACGACGCCACCGCGGCGGAGAUCUCCCGGCCUCGAUACAGCAGCCCGUACUCGUGGCCUCUGGGUAAAAUUCUGGCUUAUCAGAAGCAGUGGGAGGUGCGCAGGAAGAUGAACGCCAUCGGCUGGGGAGGAAAAACACUCGAACAGGUUUAUGAAGAUGUGAAUCAGUGCUGCCAGGCUCUGUCUCAGAGGCUGGGAACUCAGCCGUACUUCUUCAACAAACAGGCUACCGAGUUGGACGCUCUGGUGUUCGGCCAUCUUUUCACCAUUCUCACCACCCGACUGACCAGCACUGAGCUGGCAGAGAGGGUGAAGAGCUACAACAACCUGCUGAUGUUCUGCAGGCGCAUCGAACAGACCUAUUUUGAAGACAAAAAAGACUAAAAGACUAAAAAAAAAAAAAGCUGCUCUCUGUGUCAUCUUGUACUUUCUGCAUUUCCUUCUUUCAUUCCCCACAUUGUAGGACUGAAAAAGUAUAAACUGAUGUCUGUGCUGUUCGGUUCUCCUUUUUUUUUUUAGCUCCAUGCUUUGUACAUUUUUGCUCUUUUUUUGUUUGCGGUCAGCCACACACUUUGAAGAGCGGGUUUGGUUUUACAGCUGUGCAACAUGAGCGACUUUCAGAGGGAAGAACUCCACUUGACCCCAGCUGCAGAAGGUCAAAUGAGACGAGUUUGUUUUUCUUUCAAGGAGCGAAUCACUCAGACCAGGAGCUGCUGUUGUAUAAAAUCCCAGGAACAUAUUGAUGAUGGAGAUUUUUCCAGUUUAUUUUUGCUUCUGUUGAUUUGAAGUGCCUACAUGAGACGUUCCACCCAGUGGUUUCAUUUCCCCUCCAAUAAAAAAAGCGCAGUUUGAA